AGCACGUGACAUAAUUGGAAGCAAAGAGGGCUUUGACAGAACAUUCUUUCAGUCGAUGUGAACCGUAGUCGUCCGUUCAAAAAUGUCGGACAGAUCGCCUCGAGCCGACAACCCGAACUCUGUGGUUUGUAACAUAUGCGGUAUUGCUUACACUUUACCAGAGGACGAAAUCGUUGGCAACCUUCCCAAUGUCCUCCUGUGUUCCCACAUCUUCUGCACUACCUGUCUGCGCUCGCUGGAGUUUAACAAUGUCAUUCUGUGCCCUGAAUGCAAGGUUGAGUCCACUCUUCCUGAAGGAGGGGUGGAGGGACUCCAGGUGGACAGCAGAAUCAUCGGCCUCAUCUACACAGCCAAAAUGAACAAAAUGAAAAGAGACAGACCGAGGCAUCACAGAGUCAAAUCCUUGUCUUCACCUGUCGAGGAGGACACAAAACAGGGUCCAGAUGUAGAGACAGCACUGAAAGCAGUAGAAGAGGCUCUGUCUCAGGCCUCUGAGAACAUGGCCAAUCUGGACAACAUCCAUCAGACUCUGGUGAAAGGCUUGAUGGUGCAGGUGAAGAGAGAGAAGGCCAGACUGCUGAUGGAGAUAGAUGAGGCUAUGGACAGGGCCUUCACCAUCCUCAAUAGAAGGUGUAAUUCCUGCAUUGUCAGGAAGGGGGCACUGGUGGCUGAGCUGACCAACAUGGAGCAGCACUUCCCGUCCAGCAGGAGGGAACUGGGCCGGGUGGAGGAGAGGAUGAGGGCCCUGGACACAGCCAUGCAGAAGGCCAAGCAGGUCGGACAGCACCCCUCCCUGGAGAGCUACUGCGACCUGGAGCAGUUGUUGGAGACCCUGCAGGCUUCUGUGGAUGUACAGUCAUUUGACCUAAAGUGUCUGUCUCUGGGCUCUGGACUGAGCUGCAUAGCACAGCAGGAUGCGCUGGGCAGGAGUCUGAAGGCGUGUCUGAAGAUCAACAUUGGGAACGCCAAGAUUCUGACAGAUGAGCUGAUCCACAGAGACAGAGAGAGGCCCCAGGAGCAGGCAGUGCCCAAUAGGAAGGCCCCCCUGCUCCCACACUCCCUUAGCACCAGAGAGCCCAGCCGCCCCCAGCAGCAGCAGCAGGAGAGCCAAACGAUGAUGAGGCCUCCCCCACCUAGCACCAGAGAGCCUGUUCCACCUCACCAGGAGCAGGAAAGCCUGAGGAUGACUAGGCAUACCUGGGUACCCUCUCCCAGCGCUGGCCCUCGGCCCUUACCCAGCUCCAGCCCUGUCUCAGACUCCGGACCCAACGUCAUCAUAGAGGAGAUUAUAGAGGAGAUUGAACAAGGAGGAGAAGGGAAGGACGAAGUCAGUUUGAAAUUCUGCCAUCAAUUCACCACAGCCUCAUCCAAAACCACUGCAGCAGGGUUUUCAGUUGGAGUUGUCCCAGCCCAUCUGUCUGAGCUGCAGCAGGCCAGUGAGAGACAGAGAGCCCAGAGGAGCAGCAAGAAGAUCCAGGAGGACCUCCCACCUGUCAGUCAGGGGAAAGUGUUCCAGGAGUGGGUGAUGGUGACCCAUGUGGUGAACCCUAACCACUUCUACAUCCGCCACGUGGCAGAGCAGAGGGCCUGUAUUCUGCUUUCCAAGAAGAUCAACUCCCUCUGCUCUGGAGAGAGAGGACUGUUCACAGCCAGCGACAUACUGGAGACUGGCUCCACAGUGUUUGUGAAGUGGAAGGAGGGGAUGUGGUGUCGGGCCACCCUGACAGAACUGUUCCAGAGAGGUCACCUGGACCCGGUCCGCAGCUGUCCUGUUCCUGAACUUCACCGUGUCAGAGUCUACUUCCAAGACUACGGUUUCUGCAAGGGAAUAGCCCUGCAGAGUGAGGAGGCGGGUCCAGACCUGUUCAUCAGGGACAUGAAUGAGCGUCUGAGAAGAGUGGACGUGGCCGGCCAAUCAGAAAUGAGCCGCUGGCUCCCUCAGGCUAUCAAGUGUUCCCUCAAGGACAUUGUGCCUGCAGACCUGACUAAAGGCUGGAGUGCGGAGGCCCAGGAUGAGUUUCGUCGCGUGGUGGGCUCAGCCUCAGUAGAGAUGCAGGUGUUUGGUCAGGAGAGAGGUGCUCUGCUAGUGGACCUGAAGAAAGCCCCCAUGGACAGCGGUUCCAGCAACAUGCCCAUGUCCCUCCGAGAGUACCUGGUCUUCCUCGAGCUCGCCAGGUUUUACUCUCCGGUGGCGUGGAAUGCCAAGACUGUGCCGUGUGGCAGGAGGCCUCUCCAGUUCUACCUUCCUGUCUUCCCUCGUACCAACGUAGAGCUCAACGCUGUGGUGUCCCACAUAGACACACCCUCACACUUCUACAUCCAACUGGUUGACAACAUGGAGUUCCUGCUGCUGACAGCCAAGCUGCAGGAGUGUUACAGCUAUGACUGCCCCAGCAGGGGGACCAGAGGAGAGGACCAGGACUUGGAGGUCUACUGUCCUGUCCUGGAUCAGGCCUGUGUGGCACGCUUUGACGACAAGGUCUGGUACAGGGCCCAUGUCAUCGGUAUUCCCGGGGGCAGGAAGGUGGAAGUCCAGUUUGUAGACUUUGGCAACAACAAGAUUCUGUCAGUCAACGACCUGAGGAAGAUCAAGGAUGAGUUCUUUGCCCUCCCAGCCAUGGCCAUCCAGUGCUACCUGGCUGAUGUGAUUCCUCUGGAAGCGGGUGAGACGUGGAGCGAAGCGUGUAUAGAGAAGUUCAAGAGUCUUGCUGACCAGAGACUUGUGACCGCUGUGGCCACAGAGGCUGGUCGAAGGGGCAGGGGUCUGCCAGUCAGGCUGUUUGAGACCAGUGAUUCCAGCGAGCCGUUAGCAAACAUCGAAGAUCUGCUGGUCAACGACCAACUGGCCUGCUUUAAGAAGGGCAUCAAAUCUAAGGACACCCAGGCCCCGGUGGUAGACACCACAGUGUGGGACCCCCCACUCGAGGGUCUUCUGGGAGAGUCUGAGCCAGCCCCUACCUCCCUGGGCCAGGAGACCCCAGAGCAGGACCAAGACCCCCAAGAGAUCCAGCCCUACCUGAUGCUGCCGACCAAUCUGAAAGACCUGAGGGUCAGGUUGACCCACGUGGUCUCACCCGGGAGCUUUUACGUCCAGCUGCUACAGAUGGACACCCAGCUCAAGAGGGUGUAUGAGUUGUUGAAGCAGGAGUAUGCCCGUACAGAGCCCCAGGAGAUAGAGUGGAAGGCAGACAUGUACUGUGCUGCCUACAACAACGGGGUCUGGGAGAGGGGCCAGCUCUGCUCUCCUGUUUCCCUCGGCUGCAUUGCCGAGGUACUACGCUGUGAUUUUGGCAACAAGGUGAAACUCCACAUGAACAACCUGAGACCACUGCUGCCCAGUCUGGUUGGCUGUCUGGUGCUGGAGUGUUCCCUCAGUGAAAUCAGACCUGCAGGCGGUCGUUCCACCUGGACAGCCACAGCGUGUGACUUCAUCUCCUACUACCUGACAGGAGCCAUGGCCAUCAUGACCAUCAAGGAGAACACAGAGCAGCGUCCGGUGCCGGUCUCUCUGUGCUGCUCCAACCGGGCCGGGCAAGAUGUCAGCAUCGCAGACUUCCUGGUUAGUGAGGGCCUCGCACUGAAAGAAAGGAAGCCACAAGCAUCCCCCAUGCCUAAACUAGAGGAGUUAUCAGACUCUGACUCCAAGUUCAAGGGCCUUCAAAACAGGACACCUAACACAGAAAACCAGCCCCCCAACCCCUCCUCUGACUGGUCAGUCUCCCCCCGACCCCUCUCCACUGCCCCUACGCCUCCCAAGCCGGCCCCCCGUACUAACCCCUCCCCAGAGAAGGUGAAGACACAGGCCUACUGCCCCCCUGAGCUGCCCCACUGUGGACGCACUCUGAUGACCAUCUCUGCCAUUGGAGAGGACGGCCUCAUCUACGCCAUGACGCACCACGCAGGGCGUCAGUUUGAGCAGCUGCGGGAGCGUCUACAGCAGCACAUAAAGACCCUUCCCAGGCUGAAGCCCUACACCUGGAAGAGUGUCCUGGGCUGUGCUGUCAUGGGCUCUGACAUGCUCUGGUACAGAGGAGAGGUGCUGGAGGUCAUCGGAGGUCACGUUAAGGUGCGCUACGUGGACCAGGGUCUAGUGGAGAACAUCCCAGUGUGUCACGUCUACCCCACAGUGUUGUGUGAGGACAUUCCCCAGCUCUGUAUACCCUGCCAGCUGCACGGCGUCAUCCCUCUCCCCCUCCCCUCUGUCUUUGUUCAGGUGGGCAGGACGUGGCAAUGGGAUGCUGUGGCUCUGCUGAAAGAGCUGCUGCUAAACCGCUGUGUGGACAUGCAGGUUAUGGAACUGCCUGAGGACCCUCUGGGCUGUCUGACAGUACAGAUUUCUCUGGAUGGCAUGACUCUAAGCAGAAUCAUGGUUCACCACCAACACGCCUCUGUGGACCAGGUUAUUGCAUCCACGCAGGAGGAGCUGGUGGUGUCAUCUCACCUAGCUCUAGAUGACUGGGACAUUGACACAGAGGGGUUGGAGGACCCAGAGCCAGUACCGAGGGUGUUCUCAUACCCAGACCUGCCUGAGAAAGGCGAACGCUUCCGGGUCAGGAUCAAACACCUCCGGACCCCCAACGAGGUGUUCUUGUAUCCCUUAGAUGGCAGUAGUUGUGUGGAGUCUGGUGGGGAGAGUCUGGAGGAAGCACUGAAGAGAGUCCAUGACAGGAUUGACCGUCUGGCCAUGCUCUCAGACUUCGCCAUUGAGGCCCCAUGUCUGGCAGAAUACAGUGAUGGUAAGUACUACCGGGCCAAGCUGCUGGGCUUUGCUGGCCUCAACCCUGUUAAGAUCCUGAUCAGACACGUGGACUUUGGCUCUGACGACACCCUUCCCACGAACAAGCUGCGUCAGAUCCCGGCCCAUCUCCUGCAGUUUCCGUGUAAGGCCAUCAAGGUGCGGGUGGCGGGCUUCAGACCACCCCGCCUCAACCUGGAGAAGGAGCGCCUGUCCUACCGGCCAGAGUGGAGCCUGAAGGCUGCCCUGGAGAUGAUUGACCUGCUGCACAGCUGCUGCACCGCAUCCGUUACCGCCACUGAACCGGAGCUGUCUGUGUUCUUGUAUGACGAGGAUGGUGCUCUGGUCUACCUGCCUCUGGUGGAGAAAGGACUGGCUGACUUUGACUAAGACACUACAGCAAGAGACAAAGGUGGGUUUGGCUCUCAUUCAGGAGUAGUGUUGCACAGUAUACCGGUACCAAAACGUCAUGAUACCAACAUUUUUGAAUCACGUUGUACAAUAUGAUACUAUAUUUUUCAGCCCUACCGAUCUAAACAAAUCAGCUGACGCUGUUUAUAAAGUCAGUUUUGUUCAUAAAUUGUUUUCAUUAAGCAACAUCAACUACUCUUGCGCCAGUCUAGUAAUGUUCACUUUCAGGUGCAUCUCACGUGUGGCAGCUAUAAUCAGCCAGCCGCAUCCCCUACCAGCCUUCACUCACCUGCUUCUCUCUGCAUCCCCUACCAGCCUUCACUCACCUGCUUCUCUCUGCAUCCCCUACCAGCCUUCACUCACCUGCUUCUCUCUGUCCGCUCUUCCUGCGUAUCUAUUCUUCCAUCAGUUUUUAAAAUAUAAUUUGGCUGUGAAGGCGAGCCUGAUGAGCCAUCCGUUGUUACAUCUGUACAUUUGAUACAUUGAAUAAUUUCAUUGCCUGGUAUGACCAAGGUCACAGGCCAGUCCAAGUAGUCUUUGCAAUUUCAAGUUCGCUGUCACGCAGCCUCUGAGUGACAGAGGAAAAAUGGAGCACCGCUUCGCGACAGGCAUGCUUGCAGAUUUACAGCAGAGAACACUGUGUCUAGCCCAAAUGGUUCCAGAAAUAUGACCCAUAUUAGCAAAGCUACCUUUUUUUCUUCCUGCAUGAUUUUGCACACAUUUUAUAUAAUUUCACAAACCAUGUCACCGGCUGUUUUAAACUAAUCCCGGGUUUCUAGUUAUUGGUUUGAUAAACGUUCAGUCAUGUUACCUAGCUAGCUAACAACCAGAUAACUUUGACACUAGGUCUAGGCAAUUUUGAUUGGCACAGGAAGAAAGUGAAGGGUCUUCUACUCAUGAGAUGUGCUUUGAAGGUAAGUGUGGGUAGCUACAGCCUAAUAUGGCGACCGGAUGUGUCGAAAAGAGUGGGUGAAUAGAAAGCAAAUCAGCUAAUUUUGCGUGGCUGAUUGGGCUGCACGACAAGUUAAGCCGGGUAACUAACGUGGCCAUUUCAUUAUAUUUCAAGUAGGAUAGUAGCCUACACAAGAAAUAACUAGUAUUGAUAACCAUGCAUGCAUACUCGACGGGGAGGGCAUGAAUGGCAACACCGCGACACAGUACUCUUCGCUCCCGCUUGCCCAUCACUACUGUCCAGCAACGGCGUGGGAAGUAGCUACCUAGUAGCCAAUGUCCGGGUGAUAGUCACAGUAAGCACACACAUACAAUACAUUAAGCAUAUUGGGAUACACUACCCCCUUCUCAAGGUAGGAUUCAUAUAGGCCUAAUGUAAACCUAAACUAUAUAAGAAAUUAUCUUUCUGGUGAUCCAUAAAUUCUGUUCUUUUAAAGUUGGGAGCUGUGUGUGUGUUUUGGGAGAGUGAGUGGUGUGUUUCCUCCUUGCUGUCACUACGCAUGUAUACAUCUUCCUCCUAUUCCAUGCAGUUUUCCAUUAUACAAUGAACAGUGUGAAUUUAAUUAAUUACGUGUUGUAGAAGUGAAUGAAUAUCAGUGACAGGUUUUUUUGCGUAGCACAUAACGUUUAGAAAACGGGAACGGGCUAACAAGACCCCAGGCCACUCAGCAUCAACACUGCUCAGGAGUUAACACUAACCAGUUUGGUCAAGAGAGCGACGUCAAGUCUUUCUGUAGUCUGAAUACGUUAUCAAGUAACCUUUGUCUCCUCCCCCAGAGAUCUGCUGUGACAUUGGACAGGUUCUUCAGUUCCCUGUUCCUUCUGCAUUGUAAGAAUGCUGCCUUCGAUAUACAGUACAUAAAUCUUGAACAUUUGUUUUAUUUAAAUGUUUUUUUGAGCAGAAUGUAUCUAAGUUGGCUGAGCACUUUAUUUUCUAUCUGCAAUACUGUCUGUAUGAAGGGUACAGAAGUAAAGUUUUCAUUUAAAACUG